UUCGUUCCACCUCACAGUCGUUUGCACUGCCCACACUCGCUCAACACCUACAUUCGUUUAACGCAACCUAACAUAAUGUUUGUCAACCUCCGCAACUGCGUGCUCGGCCUCCUGGUCGCCGGUGCCACCGCCUCGCCCAUCACCAAGGACCUGGCCACCAUCGAGAAGAGGCAGAACCUGCCCAACGGCGUCGCCAUCUUCAAGUGCACCGUUCCCAACACCAUCGCCUUGACCUUCGACGAUGGCCCUCACAUUUGGACCGAGAACGCCGUCAACCAGCUCGAGGCCGCCGGCAUGAAGGGUACCUUCUUCCUCAACGGCAAGAACUUUGGCGAGCUCAAGAACUAUGUUCCUCUCCUCAAGCGCAUGCGCGCCAACCGCCACCAGAUCGGUUCUCACACUUGGGACCACCCUUACCUCACUCAGCUCAGCGAUGCCGCUGUCCGCAAGCAGAUGACCGACUUUGAGAACGAGCUCCGUCGUCUCAUCGGGUACUACCCCACCUACAUGCGCCCUCCUUACUUCGACUACAACGCCAAGACCCUCGCCGUCAUGAAGGAGCUCGGCUACCGCGUCAUCCAUGCCGACCUGGACACCAACGACUGGAAGUUCGACAUGCCCGCCUCCAUCGCCGCCUUCAAGGCCGGUGUCGCCAACAACCGCAUCGUUCUCGCUCACGACGUCCACGAGACCACCGUCAAGACCCUGCUCCCUGCCAUGAUCAAGGAGGUCCAGAGGCUCAAGCUUAAGGCCGUCACUGUCGGCGAGUGCCUCGGCGAGCCUUACGCCUACUGGUACAGGGUCACUCCCCGCGCUUAGAUGUCCUCAUCGAGGGCCCAAGUGGCCUGGGUUGCGAAGGAUGAAGCCGUAUAUUAAUGAUCACGAAUGUCAGCCUGAAUCUAUUGUAGCAUGCGCGCUUUUGCCGCUCUCACAUGUCAUUGUGUAUAGAACCUCAAGUAUUAUUAUUCACUACAUUUAUGAUCCA